AUGUUCAAUCCUCUGAUCUACAUCAAGCGUUUUUUCAAUGGUAGGCUGGCCAAUGGGGCAAUUUUAGGCGCCUAUAUAAUUGAUGCAGCGAUUAGCAUUAUUCCGAUCAUACUAGCAACUUUUUUUCGCCACUGCUCAGUCCUAUGGAUUAUCUGCAGCAUCUUUAUCAUUCAAAUUCAGCAAAAAGGGAUCAUACAACAACUCUCGUUAAUUUUCGAAAAUAUGGAAAAUGCAGAAGAGAAGAUUAAAGAAGGUUUAAAAAAGGACAUCCUUUAUCUUGGUAAGUUUGCGGAAAAGAACUAUAAGACACUUUUAGAGACUAUAUAUAAAGAUCUUGUUCAGAUGUCUGGUAAGAUUAGUGAUCCAAACAUGCUAGAAACCUCUAAAUCAGUGCUAAAAGAAAUAGCAAACCACAGAUAUACUGCAAUGAAAAAGAUUUAUGAUCUGCAUGACUAUUCUAAAUACAUAUUAGCCGAUGAUGACAAUUAUAUGUUUAAAACAGCAGGUGAUAAUAGUAGAGAGGUAACUCCUAAGGAGAUUGAUCAGGCGAAUAAAAAGCUGGGUAUAUCAGGUAAAAGGCUAGAUGGUCCUCAUUAUAAGAUAGUUCGUGGUAUUCGAAAUUUACCUGAAGUGGUCGCCUCUGCAUCAUGUAAAAAAGAUUGA